AUGGCUACAAAGAUUAUUGAAAGACUUUACAAUACCGAUCCAGAACUAACUUACAAACCGGACCUGGUGAAGUAUGAAACCGUUCAUCUUCCCAAAAUUACAUCAUAUCGUGAGGAACUUGCUUCUAAGUUUCCCCAAGAAACUGUUUUGAAACCUGGACUGCUGGCAGAUAAAGGUAUCGAGAUUCCCCUAGACUUUGAAUCGAGUGUGUUCAAAGAUGGACCCAAACUUGCUAAAGCCAGUGGUUUUUUCACUGACCGGGAACUGGAAAUUCUUGAGUUGAAGGCGAUAGAAAUAAUUGAACGGAUUGCUGCGGGUGAACAAACUGCACUGGAAACUAUUACCGCCUUCAUUAAGCAAGCAGCUAUUGCUCAACAAGUUACAAAUUGUGCAAUGGACUUCUUUCCCGAGGAGGCCUUCGAAAGGGCACGCGAACUGGAUAAAUAUUUUGCAGAAACGGGUAAAACUGUAGGACCUAUGCAUGGGUUGCCCGUAUCCGUCAAAGAACACUACGCAUUUAAGGGGAAAGUUACCAGCUGUGGGUUUGUUUCCAAACUCAAUGACGUCGAAGAAAUAGACGCGUAUAUCACUGACUUGUUCAAAAAAACAGGUGCAGUAUAUUACAUCAGAACCACCCAGCCACAAACAAUUAUGCACUUGGACUCCUUCAACAACAUUAUUGGCCUGUGUCGCAACCCAUACAAUACUGCGUUGUCCCCCGGGGGAUCCUCCUCCGGUGAGGCCGCACUGGUUGGUAUGAGGGGUUCGCCUUUAGGUUGUGGUAGUGAUAUUGGUGGGUCCAUCCGCUGUCCUGCAGCCUUCUGUAAUAUAUGGGGGCUAAAGCCCACAGCUAGAAGACUCUCCUGUCUUGGAUCUCGUUCUCAAUUUACCAAACACUCCAACGAAAUGAUUCUACCCACUUUCGGACCCAUGGCAAACUCGGCAGAUGAUUUAGAACUUUUCAUGAAAGUUUGUUCAGACAGUAAGCCAUGGCUUUACGAUAAUUAUGUUCUUCGUAUGCCAUGGAUCAAAGAUGUCAAGUUCGCGAUUGGUGAUUUGAAGAUAGCAAUUGUGUUGGAUGACGGCGUCGUAAAGCCAAGCCCCCCAAUAUUGCGGGCAUUGCUGCUUGCCAAAAAAGCUCUUGAGAGUGCCGGAGUUGGGAAGAUUAUUGAAUGGGAGAGCUUUAAGACCGUGGAAGCCUUGGAGAUCUGUUACAAUGCCUACACAAAGGAUGGUAAUUUCAAUGCAAGGGCUGUUUUGGGUGCCUCUGGGGAACCUUUGGCUCCCCUAACUGAACAUUAUAUGAGAUUUGGUACCGGUGAUAAAAAACUGUCAAAUCUGGAAAUAAUGGAAUGUGAGAAUAGAAGAGACGUCCUACGUCAAGAAUUCCAACUGAAAAUGAAUGAAAGAGACAUUGAUUUUAUUUUAACCCCAGCGUAUUUUGCUCCGGCAGGGAUUCCACAUAAGAUCAAAUAUUGGGGGUACACCGCAGUGUAUAACAUUCUCGACUUGCCAGGUGUGAGUUUCCCUACGGGCAUAAAGGUUAAUAAAUCUAUCGACAAAAAAGAUGUCAACUAUCAACCAAGGAACGAUAUGGAGGAGUAUGAAUACCCAAUGUAUGAUGAAGAAGUGUAUGAUGGGAUGCCAAUUGGGUUAAUGCUUCAAGGUAGACGCUACCAUGAUGAAGAAACUUUAGCUGCCGCCAAAUUGAUUCAAGAAGUAAUUUCAAAAGCCUCAAGGACUUGA